AUGUCUUCAAAACCACCAAUCGAACCCCCAGCAGUCAAGAAACGCGGACGCCCGAAGAAAGUAGUAGCCGAGGAUGCGGGGCCAACGCCAGAAGUCGCAGCGAGCAAGGCAGCUGUAAAGAAGGUGGCUGCGAAAGCGAUUGCAAAGGAUAAAGUUGUGGAAGUCAAGAAAGAGAAGAAGGUGGCUGCAAAAAGCGGGAAGACUGUUGCUGCUGAUGCGGCUACUGUUAGGACUGUUAGGAAGAAGAUUGCGGUCCAGUCGACCAUUGCGCCGGACCAAGCCACGCCUGUUUCACUGUCCACAAGCAAGAUAUUAGAGGAGGUACAAGCAAAAGGGACGUUGAAGAGAGCACAGCAGUCUAGGAAGGCUGUGGAGAAGGAAGUAGAGGCGGGUGUAGACAAGAGCAAAGCCACGCCCAUCGUCCCAGUCAAACCCAGCAAUGCCGACGAACCCUCCCUUACCGAAUGA